UGUAUUGUUUUUGAAAAUUUUAACACCUUUUUCUUAGGAACUUCUCUACUUAUAGUCUAUCGGUUCCACAUAGAUCGUUAUUAUAAUGGAAUGUGUAUUAUUAUGUUGUCUUUAUGAUUUGAUGUGUUGAUUUCGAUGACAGAAUUGACAAGUUUCACAACGAUUCGACCGAAUCAUUAUUUUGUCUUCGUCUGACCAGAUUUUCAAAUUCUUACUUUUAAUUUCAUUCUAGAUAAUUUUACUAACGACUACGAUAUUUAUAAUUAAAAUAAAGCAUAAUGCCAUUAACAUUGCAAAAGAAACAGAACAGACGAAAAAGCAUUCAAAACAGUGACCCGGGAAAAAUUCUCGAUUUGGUUAUGAGCCUUACAGACGAUGCCUGUGCGGAUUUAGAAAUAAAAUUAAAUACUUAUUUGACAGAAGAAUGUGAAGCAGAGUUGGCGUUGCAAGUGAUAAUAAAUGCUGAACGUUGCGAGGUUUUCAUUGAAGCAGUAGGAAUGACCGCUUUGACACGGAAAGUCAAAUUGCACUUAUCUCAGAAAUUCAGCGAAGCAUUGAAGUCCACUGUUGAACAGACAGAUUUACUAACUAACUUUGAUGAAGAUUUUCAGAACAUCCUUGCACCUCAUCUGUCGAAAGAUAAUCCAAAGAGGCGUGUUGUGACGUUUCCGUUGGUGGAUACGCCCUUCUCGGUGUUGUUCUGCGUCGUGUCCCCCAAGAUACAGGAGGGCCAUGUCGCCAUGCUCAUACACGAGUGUUCUUUGUUCAGUUGGCCGACAUUAAAGAAAGCAAUCGCACACGAAUACGAAACUACUCUAAAAGUUAAAUGCCAGCAACUACUGCGCGUCGCCAGGAGACUGUUCACUCAAGUGGCAUCAUUAGAAACUCUACUGCAAAUGGCAGCAGACCAAGCGAGGCAGCUGACAAGAGCCGAGUACUGUAACGUACUACUUGUCGAUGUAGACAAAAUGGAACUAGUCGAUUCCAGCUCCCCUGUGAAGGAAGAAGGCACGGAGCGUCGAUUUCCAAUGGACAUCGGUAUAACUGGAGAAGUCAUAAAGUCUGGAACAAUCGUGAACGCCAGAUCUGCUAAAGAGCACCCGGCCUUUGAUCCCAAGAUCGAUAGCUUACCGAAUAUCACCUGCAGAAAUGUCCUUUGCUUCCCAAUUCGGGAACAAUCAGGGAUCAUCGGUGUGGGUCAGCUGAUCAACAAGGUGGCGGACCCUUACUUCGACGGCAUGGAUGAGGAGAUGGCCCUCGCCUUCAGCGUCUACUGCGGAGUCUGCAUCAUACACUCUGUAGUCUACCAGAAGAUACAGGAGGCACAUAUCAGAAACGCAUUAGCGAAUGAACUGGUCAUGUAUCAUAUGAAGGUAAGUGACUCAGAGGUGUCCAAGAUGCUGAACUGCACUGGCUACCACAACCACCCUCACUUGAGCAGCCUCCACUUCAACCCUCGCGCGCUGCCGCUCAGAGAAAUGCCGUGCUACGUCAUGAAGAUGUUUUUAGAUCUCGGAUAUGAUAAAAAAUUUAACCUGAAGCCACAUAAGUUGGCUUGCUUCAUUCUGUAUGUGAAGAAGGGUUACCGCGACGUGCCCUACCACAGCUGGAUGCACGCGUUCAACGUGGGACAGUGGGCAUUCGCCGCACUUAUGAACUUCAAACUGGUUUCUCAAGGAUACUACAACGACCUGCAAGGUCUCAUGUACGUGGUAGCCGGUUUGAUGCACGACAUCGAUCACCGAGGCACCACGAAUAGUUUCCAGAUUCUUGGACAAACGACACUAGCAGCGUUGUACUCCAGUGAGGGUAGCGUCAUGGAACGUCACCAUCUUGCACAAGCCAUCUGCAUACUGAACACGGAGGGCUGUGACAUUCUGGAGUCGCUUCCACGGCGGGACUACGAUCGAGCCAUCAUGCUGCUCAGAGAUAAUAUCCUGGCGACUGACUUGUCUAAUUAUUUCAAGAACCUCAAUGAAUACAAGGUGAUAGCAAAUGACUUUCAAAAAGGAAAUCGUCUCCAUACGUGUGCGCUUCAGUGUCUGCUGAUGAACGGCGCGGACCUAAGCGACCAACUCAAAGACUGGACAAGUGUCAAGAAGACUGCCACUGCAGUAUUGACAGAGUUCUUCAAGCAAGGUGACGUGGAGAAGACUCGCGGAGAGCUGCCGGCCACGAUUAUGGACCGGGAGAAAUGCUUCAUACCUGAUCUCCAGAUACAGUUCCUGCAGAGUAUCUGUAUGCAGCUAUAUGGAAUUAUAGGCAAGAUCUUACCAAAGGCAACCGCAUGCCUUCAAGUCCUCGACCACCAUAUAGAACGAUGGGAAGCGUCCAAACCUGUAUUUGCUGAGGUGCCAAUUCAAGCUGGGUUAUCAGUACUCCUGAGCCCAGAACUGGACAACUUGAUAGAUUUGAAUCUGAAAGAGAUGAAGGAAGCGAAAGAAAGAGAAAGAUUGGAAGCGGAGGCUCGGGAUCAGGAGCAAGAGCAAGCCACAUGAGGAGCGACUGUGUAGGUGACACUCAAAAAUAUACUUAAAAAACAUGAGCAUAUAGUCCAAAAUUAAACGAGAUUAAAUAAAGUAUAUGUGUUUAAAUCGACCGGAUAUAUUUUCAAUGUGGUUUUGUGUAUGGUAGUUUAUAAAUUCUAAAGAAUAAAAAUUUGGCUGAUGAAAAAAAAGUUGUUUUCAGCGAAUCAAGUUUCUUUGGGAGAUGUCGGUGUGUUGUUGAAGGAAAACUGGGGAUUUUUUUACUGAUAAAAAGAUAUACUUAAAAAAAUUUCGGUUCUUUUUGUGCUUUAUGUUGAUCGUUCGAAAAUUAGUUUCUCGCCUUUUGAUCUGUUAAAUUCUUUUAGUGUCACCUAGUACAAGUGUUACGGAGCGAGUUGAGUGAAGAAAAAAAAAUAGCUUUUAGAAAAUAUUAAAAAUAUUUUUUUGCCAACGCCCCAUUUACAUCAUACAAUGUUGUUGCUUUUUAGUCAACGACCUGUCAAAAAGUUCUUAUUAGAACGGACAGUAUAUAGCGGCAUUAACUCAAUCUUUAUCGAGUUUGUUCUAGAUCUAGCGUCUUGAGUAAUGUCUCGCUAAUGUAAAUGGGGUAUAAGUAAUCUUGAAAUUUUACUCUAAAUUCGAAAUUAUUCUCAAUUAUUGUUUAGUUUUAGUUAUGUCCUUAAUAUUGGGGGUAAUAAAUAAAAUAACAACUGUU